GGGGCCAUGGGUUCUCGUUUAUCCAUCCUUUAUUUCCUCUACCUCAAAACAUUAAUUCUCACCUCUCUUCCUCUCUGAUUAUUCGUCCUCACCGCUCAAUCCAACAUGAAGCUGUCAUUCCUUUCUUUCCUUUCGGUCGCGGCCGGUGUAGCUAUUGCAGCUCCUACCGAGUCAACAAAAGACCAUUAUGUCCCGUUCGAUAACCGCCCUCUUGGCCCCCUCAAGCCCAACCCCUUCCAGGGCCUGAAAUACGACGGCGAUUGGCAAGUUGGCCGGUACUCCGUGCAAGCCUCGAACGUGAAGAGCACCAAGGCAGACAAGCUCUUGUUCUACCCCAUGACCAACAUCACCGACGUCAAUGUCCGGGGUUUUGUCAGUGUGGACGGGGGCAAGAAUAAAUUCAACGGGAAAUCCGUGAAACUCGGCUGCAGUGUCAAGAAUGGAAACAAAAAACAGACGGUUCCCUGUGAUAUUCAGAUCACCGGAUCUAACCUAGUUAACCAGAAGUAUGUUUCGGUUAAGUAUACCAACACCAACGCGUUGCAGACUGUUGACCUGGACGAUCUGUAUCUCGUGGAUGCUUUGUUCUUCCGCAUUAAGUCUGCUGGGAAGGAUAAGGACUUGACGGAGAACAUUACGCUUCUUGUGGAUGAGUUCCGGUAUACUAUUGAGUCAAGCUGA